GUCAACAGUGUCAAAAACUAAGCGAAAGGAACAAAAACACUCCGUGUUUUUAUCAUAGUCGGUUUUUGCGAAGAAAAUGAACAAUAAAUCGCAAUAAAUUAGCGUUUGUUUUACUCCUGUAGACUAGUGGCUAGCCAAACGAUAAACUUUACGCAAUUUCAUUUGUCAAUAUACGUCCAUUCAAGUGCUCACUAGUUGUUCAUUGGUAGGAAUAAAGAAAAUAUGUACAUGUUUGGGUGUUCUGUACCGUUCGUGAAGCGAUAAAUAGCGCUGUGGUUUUUGUGUAGAAGUAAAAAUAUUGCAAUUACGGUCAGGAUUCGGUCCUCUUUGUGUGCUAGAGGGCAAUACCGAGUGAUUCUGCUAGGACGUUAGCCCCGCGAUUGGCAAUGAAUUCCACCGGAAAUGGUCGUGGUAUUGGAACCGGCAACGGGAAGGAUGCCAGCAAACGAUUUUCGAUUCACGACGCGUUUGAAGAGGAAACCGACGAAGUGAUUAAGGUCUACGGGUCGACGGUCAUAUCGACGCCGAUGAGAGCAAAAGCCCGAUCCCCGGAUGAUGUGUCCAUACGGGUACAUCACGAUCAAAGGACUCUAAAAUACACCGAUGAUACCACCUCUAGGGAUAGCGAUUCGUUGAUACAGGAGUACGGCAAUCUGUCCUCGAAUGAUACGUACACCUACUGCUGGCGCCAUCCGAAAGUGCGUGAAAACUGGCGAACCGUGCUGGCUGCCGUAACACUACUAGUCAUUGGAACCGGCUUGAUCGCGAUGGGAGCGUACGCCAUUGCUGAGCCCCACAACGGAUCCCAGGCUGCCGUUUUCUUCGUUGCCGGAUUCAUCUGCUUCGUCCCCGGAGCGUAUCACGUGGUUUACAUCUGGCUGGCGGCACGCGGCUAUAGGGGCUUCGAUUUCUAUCACUUGCCACUGUUUACGUGAAGAAAACACACAUACGUAAGUUGAACAUUUAUAAUGUCAUUGCAAACACACGUACCCGUACACUUUUUUGCUCAUGCUUCCUUCCCUGGAGAGAAGGACAGUUAAAGAUGGCUGGAGAUGCAGCGAAAGGAAAUAUGAAAGCAUUGUAAACUCUUUCUGGAUGGCAACGGAAAAGCAGCAGUAGCUCAGAAACGAGAUGUGAUUAAAUUGUAAGUUGGUUAGACUUUAUUUUUCUCGAAAUACUAGACGCAGAUAAAAAACUUCUUGAGAUCGAUCCUCACCGUAAGAUGAGGGGCACUUUAAAAUCUAAUAAAUUAUUUUAUACUUUGUAAGGAAUAAGAUAUAUACACUCUCUUUUAUGUAUAGGUCUAAUUUUGAUAAUAAAACACAUAUUUUACUGAAAUUAAACGAUGAACAAAGACUUACACGGAGCCCAGUUUUUGAAGUUGAAUUUAGAUUAGGAAAAAGGUAGCAUUAUACGAUGGCACUAUUCCCUGGAUAAUCAGAAUAACAUUCAGAUAGUGACCAGACACGAUGUCCACCUUCUCAUAUUCAAUCAGUAACGAUUUGAUUGUAUCUCAACAGGUAAUUAAAAUUUCUACACAGUUACAGUCAAUAUAUAGAGAAACUUCAAUUGAAUAAGUUCUAGGUUUGAAAUACUCGAAUCUGUUAAUCGUAGAUUAUAAUGAAUUGAGUAGAAACGCAGUGCGACAGAACAAUUCAGUUAGACUAUAAUCGGAACAAGUAUUUCGCGAAGACUCCCAAAUUAUAUUGUAACGAUACCAAAUUCAUUCAUGACUUCUUUUUGGGCGGAGUUAUUUUAAGUUGCAUUUCUUUUUGUACGCAAUCUGACGUACAUAGGGACAAAAUCUAAAAAAAACAGACACAUUGCAUAAAAAUUUGCGUUUAAUAGUUACAUGACGAAGUAUUCUUCUCUCCUACUGCAGGGUACGCAAGUAGUAAAAAUUCGCUAAUGAAUGAUAAUGCCACAAGCAUGUUAAUACAAUAGAAGCAAUAAAACGAGACACGCGAAAGUAAAGUCGGCUGUAGUGUUCUGUUUUAUAGCAUGCAUCCUGACAAGACUGGUGAUUGCAUUUCUUUAGUUUUUUUCCUAUGUGCGAAUGUGCCAUUAUCAUUUCAACACUCCAAAAUUAGGCCGUUGGUCUGUGAGCUUAACAUCUUCCACAAACAUUCAUAUACCAGCAAUUAUUAAAACUGAAUACAAUAUAAAAAUAGGAAAAGAUAAGGUAUGUAGACUUCAAGGGCCUUGCAAGUAGCCCGAGGAUGCUUUUGGUUGAUCAAAACACAAUUCUCUGUAGUAAUUUUCUAAUUCACGUACUUUCUAUGUAUUUUUUCUUAAAUUCAAUCGUCAGUGUUCAUUUGUUUUAGCGGAUGGAUCAGAAAACUGUUUUUUUUUUGCAAUUUAAAAAAUUGUAUAUUUUUAGAAGCUCAACUGACUGCAUUUUGUGAAUGCUUAUUUUUCAAACAGUAUUUGGAAUACGUUUACUUUCUACCACAAUUCAACGAAUUUUCGAUCCGAUCCAAAAAAUUCUAAAUUUCAAGAGAAACAUAGGUACUCCAGCCAGCAACAUUAGAUCUUCUUGUGUGAUCAAUUCACCAGAGAAUGGAAAUAGCCGCGAAUUUUCAGAAUCAUGUGAGAGGACUUUAUUAGACUGCUUUUGUGUAGGAUACAUGAAAAACUAAUCAAACAUUGCACCAAACAGGGGACACAUGUGUUUAUACAGUAUUUUGUACCACGCACUCCCAAGUGAAAUCAUGACAAAGAAAUGGGCCGAGUAGGGUUUGUUUUACUUUUGUUUGAACUUUAAAACAAUAUAAGCAGAGGCGACCUGUGAAUUUGACGGAUUCAGCCGUCGGAUUCAUCAUCGGAGUACUGUAAGUGUACUGUUGCUAUUGUAUUACGCAGCAAGCAGCAACGAGGAUUAUGGCAAUUAUCUAUUUUAUGGAAUAAAAAAACCUGAAUAAACCUUUGUACUACUUAUAAUCGUUCCAAGAA